AUGCAGCAAAAUUAAAACAAUCAUUAAGAUGGUUAACCUAAUAAUAUAGUAGAGAAUCUAGAAUUCUAAUCUGUUCUUGACAGUAUUUAUUAUUUUAAGUAUUUUCAAGUUUAUAAUCUAAAUGAUGAUUAAUUUCAAGAGUAAUUACCAGAAUAAAACAAUAAAGUUUUAGAGAGAAAUAAUGAAUAAGAACAUCAUUUAAAUUUAAAUACUUAAUAAAUACAUAAAAAUUAUGAGUAACUACCAUAACCUGAUUUAGAGGGUGAAUUUUACAAAGUUAGUCCUCAUUUUUUGGAAACUAAUUCUGUAAAGUUUAUCAUCUAUUUUACAGACUUAUUAUUGUACUUUAUAAUCAAAAAGAUUUACUUAUUACAACAUUAAAAAUAAAAAUAAACCUUUAGGAAUUUUGGACUUUGAUUAUUAAAAAUACAUUUUCUCUUUUGUAAAAUCAAAGGAUGAAACUUACAUUCAAAGUUUUAUGUAUACAAUUAAAUAUAAAAGAUUAUAGCCAGAAGGCUGUGAGAAGAAAUUUGAAUUUGUAGUUCCUACUAGAACUAGAGAAUAGUCAAAAUAAUGGAUUUAAUUAAUACAAUAGUACAUCUAGCAAUCAGAUGGAUAUUUAAAUAAUAUUAUGAGCAUGUCAAAAUAUCAUAGGUUUUGGAGACAUGAAAGAAUUUUAGACCCACAAAUUUUAAAUUAAGCUUAAACAGGUGAUUUGUUAAUAUUUCGUACAAAAGGAACUCUAUAAAAUUUAUAAAGAUCUAUCACAAGAAGUGAUUACGAUCACAUUGUAAUGUUUCUUAAGAAUCCAUGGGAAGAUCCAAUGCUCUUUGAAUCUAGUAAUUAAUAUGGUGUCAUCUCCUUUAGUUUUAGUAUUCUUUUUAGUGAUAUACUUUAGAACGCUUUGUCAGAGCCAAAUCAUACAAAAAUUAUGAAAAGUAAUAGUUCUUUCAAAUUUAAGGAUUCUAUACAAGCCCUUACUAAAUAUGUCUGAAAAUGAUCGUAUCAUUAUGCAUGCUUAUGCUGAAGCACAAAUUGGAAAAGGUUACUCUUUGAGUAUGAUGAAAUUCUUUAAGAGAAGUACAAGAUAAAAGUUUUUUUGUUCUGAAUUGAUUGCUUAUAUUUAUCAAUUGAUGGGAUUAAUACCAGAAACAGAAAAGUGUUGUUCCUUUUUACCAGGUUUCUUUUAUAUUAUUAGAUAUAGGCAAUUUUACUGAUGAAGAUAAAAGAUUAGAUUUACUUAAAUCUGCUUAGCUAGGAUCUGAUUAUAUUGUAGAUUUUGAUUAUCUAUAAUAAUGA